UCUCGGGGCGGGGCUGGCGGCUCUCGGGGCUCCUCCUUUCUCUCCCGGCGGCCGGUAUGGUUCUGACGGAAGGUGCUGGCGGGAUGGUCCUGAGCGCGCGCGGCCCGGGAGGUGGCGGAGGAGCGAUUCCGCGUAAUUAUGGACAAAUACCAGGAGCAGCCUCACCUCCUGGACCCACACCUUGAGUGGAUGAUGAACUCAUUGUUGGACCUAGUACAGGAUGAGGCAUCUCCGCCUGCCCUCGUGCAUCUGGCUUUUAAAUUUCUCUAUAUCAUCACCAAGGUUCGUGGAUAUAAAGUAUUUCUGCGUCUAUUUCCUCAUGAAGUAGCUGAUGUUCAGCCUGUGUUAGAUAUGUUCACAGGUCAGAAUCCUAAAGACCAUGAGACAUGGGAAACGAGAUACAUGCUUUUAUUGUGGCUCUCUGUGACCUGCUUGAUCCCUUUUGAUUUUUCACGCCUUGAUGGGAAUCUCCCCACUCAACCUGGAGAAACACGAAUACCCAUAAUGGACCGCAUUCUGCAAAUAGCAAAGUCCUAUUUGGUGGUCAGUGACAAGGCUCGAGAUGCAGCUGCUGUCCUUGUGUCCAAGUUUAUCGUAAGACCUGAUGUCAAGCAGAGAAAGAUGGCUAGCUUUCUGGACUGGAGCCUGUGUACCUUGGCCCACUCUUCUUUCCAGACCAUUGAGGGUGUCAUUGCAAUGGAUGGGAUGCUGCAAGCCCUGGCCCAAAUAUUUAAGCAUGGAAAACGUGAAGAUUGUCUACCCUAUGCCAACACUGUGCUGCAGUGCCUUGAUGGAUGCAGACUCCCUGAGAGCAACCAGACCUUGCUGCGGAAGCUCGGUGUGAAGCUUGUCCAGAGAUUGGGGCUAACUUUCCUGAAGCCAAAGGUGGCUGCAUGGAGGUAUCAGCGUGGCUGUCGGUCUUUGGCUGCCAACCUGCAGCUCAGUGCCCUGGGUAAGAGUGAGCAGAAGCUGCUGUCUGAUAGUUUAACUUCUGAUGGUGAUGAAGACUAUGAUGUCCCAGAGGGGGUAGAGAGUGUGAUAGAGCAGCUCCUGGUUGGGUUGAAGGACAAGGACACUGUGGUGCGGUGGUCUGCAGCCAAAGGAAUUGGUAGGAUGGCUGGAAGGCUUCCCAGAGAGCUGGCAGAUGAAGUAGUGGGGUCUGUGCUGGCCUGCUUCAGUUUUCAGGAGACGGAUAAGGCAUGGCAUGGUGGAUGUCUGGCAUUGGCGGAACUGGGUAGACGAGGCUUGUUGCUGCCAUCGAGACUCUCAGAGGUUGUCACAGUGAUCCUGAAGGCACUGACCUACGAUGAGAAGCGGGGUGCCUGCAGUGUGGGGGCCAACGUCAGGGAUGCUGCCUGCUAUGUGUGCUGGGCUUUUGCACGUGCCUAUGAGCCUCAGGAGUUGACACCUUUCGUGACUGCCAUUUCAAGUGCACUGGUCAUUGCUGCCAUAUUUGACCGAAAUGUGAACUGCAGAAGAGCAGCCUCUGCUGCCUUCCAGGAGAACGUGGGGAGACAGGGCACCUUCCCUCAUGGAAUUGAUAUUUUGACUACAGCAGACUAUUUUGCAGUUGGUAACAUAUCUAACUGUUUCCUGGUUAUAAGUGUGUUUAUUGCUGGCUUCCAGGAAUAUACCAAGCCGAUGAUUGACCACUUGGUCUCCAUGAAAAUCAACCAUUGGGAUGGGGCCAUCCGAGAACUGUCUGCAAAGGCACUGCACAACCUGACCCCACAAGAUCCUGAGUACAUAGCCACCCAUGUAUUCCCAACAUUGUUGUUGAUGACACUGAGUCCAGAUCUACACACAAGACACGGUGCCAUCCUUUCUUGUGCAGAGGUCACCUAUGCCUUAUACAAGCUGGCUUCACAGACAAACAGGCCUGUCACAGACUCUCUGGGUGAGAAGGCAGUGCAAAGCCUGAAGCAGAUCCACCAGCAGCUUUAUGAUCGUCAUCUCUAUAGGGGUCUGGGAGGAGAACUUAUGAGACAAGCAGUGUGCAUUUUAAUAAAGAACUUGUCACUUUCCAGAAUGCCCUUUAAAGGUGACACCGUUAUAGAUGGUUGGCAGUGGCUGAUAAAUGACACUCUCAGAAGCCUUCACUUUGUUUCAAGCCAUUCCAGACAACAGAUCAAGGAGGCAGCUGUCUCGGCCCUGGCCGCCCUCUGCAGUGAAUACUACAUGAAGGAGCCUGGGGAGGCAGGCUCUGCCGUGGAGACGGAGCUGAUUCCACAGUACCUUGCUGAGCUCCAGAGCCCAGAGGAGAUGACCCGCUGUGGUUUCUCCUCAGCCUUGGGUGCCCUCCCAAAUUUCCUUCUCAGGGGUCAUCUGCAGCAGGUUCUCACAGGUCUGAGAACAGUCACCUGUACUUCUCCCAAGGAUGUAAGCUUUGCUGAGGCCAGGAGAGACAGUUUGAAGGCGAUCUCAAGAAUUUGCCAGACAGUUGGUGUGAAAGCAGAGGGUCCUGCAGAUGAAGUCAUGUGUAAAGAGAACAUUUCUGAAGUUUAUUCUGCAUUGCUGGGCUGCAUGAGUGAUUACACCACAGACAGCAGAGGGGAUGUGGGAGCCUGGGUCCGUGAAGCUGCCAUGACCAGCCUCAUGGACUUGACACUUCUGCUGGCACAGAGAGAGCCAGUGCUAAUUGAAGCCCACAUCUGUGAGCGUGUCAUGUGUUGCAUUGCCCAGCAGGCAAGUGAGAAGAUUGAUCGGUUCCGUGCUCAUGCUGCCCGGAUAUUCCUGACUCUCUUGCACUUCGACAGCCCUCCCAUUCCCCAUGUUCCCCACCGCAGAGAACUGGAAAGUCUGUUUCCCAGGUCUGACGCGGCCUCUGUGAACUGGAACGCACCUUCCCAGGCCUUCCCGCUCAUCACCCAGCUCUUGGGACUGCCCACCUACAGAUACCAUGUCCUGCUGGGCCUGGCCGUGUCUGUUGGUGGUUUGACAGAGUCUACGGUCAGGCAUUCUACACAGAGCCUCUUUGAGUACAUGAAAGGGAUUCAGAAGGAUGCUCAGCUCCUGGAGAGCUUCAGUGAAACCCUCCUGAAGGUCUUUGAGGACAACCUCCUAAAUGACAGGGUGUCCAUAUCACUGCUGAAAAUGUUGGACCAGCUGCUGGCCAAUGGGUGCUUCGACAUCUUUACCUCUGAGGAAAACCACCCCUUUUGUGUGAAGUUGCUCGCACUUUGUAAGGAAGAAAUCAGAAAGUCAAAAGACAUCCAGAAACUUCGGUCAAGCAUUGCAGUGCUCUGUGGGAUGGUACAGUUCAACGGUGAUGUGAGAAAGAAGGUUCUUCUGCAACUGUUCCUCCUCCUUGGCCACCCUUUCCCUGUGAUCCGGAAGACCACAGCAAGCCAGGUGUACGAGAUGGUGCUCACUUAUAGCGACUUGGUAGAUGCCGAUGUGCUUGACGAGGUCAUGUCUGUGCUCAGUGACACAGCCUGGGGCGGAGAGCUUCCAGUUGUAAGAGGGCAGCGGAACCACCUGUGUGAUCUCCUUGGCGUGCCCAGACCCCAGCUGGUUCCAAAGCCUGCUCCUGGAAGCUGAGUCCUUGCCUACCUAGCUGGGAUGUCCUGCCCUGAGGCUUCACAACAAGCUUUACCAUCAUGGAAACAUUGUGUCACAGACCUCUGAGAAAGGUGGCACAUGCUGCUAGAUGGAUUGGGAAGCCAUCCACAGAGAGCAGUAACGCUUCAUGCUGUGCUCUGGUGGCGUGGGCUGCCCUUACUUCUGCUGUGCUUCUCAUUAAAUCAUGUACCAUACA